GCCGCCCGAUUCACGCGGCCAAUACGUCACUAUUCUUACUCAAAACAUCGUCAUUUUAUCAAAAAUAUUUAAUAUCUGUCUCUUUCUAAAUCGAUAAUACGAAGAGAGCUCGUGCUACAUUUUUCCCGCCAACGCCCAUCACACGUCACGCACUCUAGCCCGAUGAGUUAAGACAAUGGAUUCCCACAUUAUCACUCCAACUAUGACGUUCCGUUGAUUCAUCUAACACCUACUAAUUUCUUAUCAUCGAUCGGUAAAUUCGACUUUAUUUUUUAAACAAUAACAUCCUCGGUCUAGUUGAAUUUGUGAAUCGCGUGAUUGUAGAUUUAGUGCAAUCGCAACGUUUAUUGAAUGCGCCAAAGUUUGUGUGUUUAGGAUUUGAAACUACAAUGUGAUGUGCGGAAAUUCACGGUCUUUGUUUGUAAAUCGCUUUCAUUAUAAAAAUAAUAAAGUCAACGGUCUAUCAAUGUGUGUUAUGGGGGCGCUAUGCCGAUUUCACGCCAAAUACGUUAUAGAGGGCGAGCUGGAAACGGAGUGGUUGCAGGCGGCAGGGCUGGGCUCGCUGGCAGCACCGGCACGCGCUGGUCUCGAGGUGACGGAGGCGCAGCUGGGCGAGGCGGUGCGCCCGCUGCCACGCGACCAGGCCGCCGCCGUGCGCCGCCGCGUGCGCCGCCUUAACCGCACUGUGCGUCGCAAGCGCGCCGCCUCGCGUGCCCGCAAACCAGAUAUCAGAGAUGUCUUUAGAGAUUUAGAGAACUCUAGCGGCAGCGAGCCUCGGUCGCGCAGCGCGACCCCGGACUCGCUGGACUCGCUGCCAAGCGCCGGCUCCGGCUCACCGCCCGCCGAGUGGGCCGACGCGCCUACGCCCACAGACUUCGUCGACACAUACCAGGGCGGUGGUCACAGUGCGCUGGGCCGCACGCCGUCGGCGCCGGCGCCGCGUCGCGCCCGUCUCUCUCCGCCCGGACAGCACUCCCCGCCCGCCUCGCAGCACUCCCCUCCCGCCCCGCACCGCGGACACGACCUCUUCAAGCCCAACGACCUGCACUGGGCUGACAUUGCUUCUAACACCGAGGGCAUAGAACUCCUGGGCUACCAAAGAUACGGCACAGUGCAGGGCCCGAGGAUAGGCAAGGAGAGAAUCAACGGGUCCAUCCUCAAAGAUAGUGAUCCUUUCGUCAAGAAGCACGCGGUGGUGUCGCGCGCCAAGAGUGUGGCGAGUGCGGGCAGCGCCGCGCAGCAGCCGCUCAGCUUUGAGCAUAAGUUCAACCUCGACCGGCAAGUCCUCAACCAGGAGGAGGAAUGGCCGGAGGAGGGCAGCACUGUGGACAUCGAGUGCGUGGCUGAGCCGACACUGAAGAAGCUGCAGCCGCUGGUGUGGCUCGAGCUCACCGCGCUCUUCGACCGCUACUCGCUGCCCUUCCACAAGCGCAAGCCGCACAAGAAGAAGAGGAAAGAAGAAGGCUCAGUGUUCGGGGUGUCUGUGGAGACGCUGCUGCGAAAGGACAUGAUCUUGUGGGAGGAGACGUGGAGCUCGGUGCCGAGCGUGCUGCGCGCCGUGUCCGCCGCGCUGGCGCAGCGCUGCGCCGAUGAGGGCCUGCUGCGCGUGCCCGGCAACAAGCAUAAGGUGGAGGCGCUGUGCCAGCUGGUGGAGCGCGAGUGGUGGUCUGAGCGCAGCGCGGUGGAGGCGGCGCUGCGGCGCGCGGCGGGACACGACCUGGCCGCGCUCUACAAGCGACUGCUGCGCGAGUUACCGCAGCCGCCGCUCACGCAGGAGCUGAUGCGCCUCUUCUACCACACGUACGCGCUCAGCGGCGGCACGCAGGCGCGCGCCCUCAACCUGCUCGUGCUGCUGCUGCCGGCCGAGCAGCGCGCCACCCUGCGCGCCGUGCUGCGCCUCGUGCGCGCCGUCGCCGCGCGCGCUGACCGCAACAAGAUGAGCGAGCACAACGUCGCCAUGAUCAUCGCGCCCACGCUCUUCCCGCCCAGUCUGCUGAUCAAGCCGACGGACAGCCUGGAGACGCAGGUGGCGACGGCGGCCAACAGCUGCGUGGUGACGGAGGCGCUGAUGCGGUGGGCGGACUCGCUGUGGCUGGUGCCGGCCUCGCUGCUGGCGGCGGCGCAGCGCAAGCCGCGCGCGCGACAUCACCACACCUGAGCACUGCGCAGAGCCCACAGCGCACUGCUCACUGCGCAGAGCCCACUACGCACUGCUCACUGCGCACUGCGCACUACUACUACUGGUGCGUUGGACUUAGUGCAAUUAGAAGUCGAGCGAGACUUGUAUUUAUUUAUACUAGUGAAGUGAAGUGAAGUUCGGUUGCAGCGACUUGUGUUACUUUCUGUCAGUCGAUCCAAAGAGUUUGCAGCAGGUAUUACGUGUAAAAAAAUACAUUACGAUAUUGUUAUAUGGUUUACAUCCCAAUUUAUAUGUAUAUUUUACUGUCCAACAAUAUAAUUUUGUUAUUCAUAACAGAAUGUUGGUCAGAAAUAUUAUCGGAAAUUAUUUGGACAUUUGAGGCAAAGUUAUCAUCAGAUAUUAUCAUCGAAUCAACAAAAUGUUGCAAAUUGUUAUAAAUUGGCCAUAACAAUGUUUAUUUUAAUAUCACAACUUUUAUUUGAGAAUGUAUUAUAAAAGACAAGAAUCGAAUAUAAAUAGAUAAUUCUAUUAUGUUAAGUUUAGUUUAAGAAAUGCAGGCAGUUUGCGUGAAAGUGACUCGUUGUGUUUUGUCUCGCAUUAUUACCAAUAUGUUAAAUAUCUAAGUCACUAUUUGGAUAGAUAUAAAAUAAUUAUACAUAACUUCUUUAACUUUAACCAACUUCCAAUAUGUAUGUUCUCAACCUAUAUGUUAUAACACAAUAUAAACAUUCUUAGUAAUAUUAAAGUCACAGUGAAAUAGAAUCCUAGCUAACUAUACUUUUAGAUUUAAUCUUAAAAUUAUUAUUGUUAAUAUUUUUCAGAAGACAUAUCGAGAAAUAUCAGAAUAUUGAGGCUUUUAUUUAUUAUUUGAUAUGGAGAAGAAAAUUUUCGACACAUUCAUUUUUAUUUUUAAUUAUCAGACAUCAGAUUUUAGAACAUUUUAGGACUUGUAUAUGAUACAGUUUUGGUUUGAACUUUAUUUUGUCAAGAUAUUUCUUUUGGCUAUUAUUUCUUAAAUAUAAAGGCAUAGUAUUUGAUUGUAAAAAAGGAACAAACUUUGUAUUGUUUAUUAAUGCAUUUAUUUAAGUGAAUAAAGAUGCCAAAUAUUCAUUUUAUUUGAAUUUUAGGCAAUUGAGAAAUAAUAUUGAAGUUCAUUCCAAUCUCCUUUAAAUUUUCUUAUAAAAUUAAUUCAUACAAUUUGUUGGAAUUAGGUGCCAUUGAAAUUGGUUGACUUGUAAGUUACCAUGUUGCGGAUUAAAUUUCCACUGUUGAAAUAUAUGCUAUAAAAACAUUUUGUCAUCUCUCUUAUCCUCUUAAAUCGUGUUUAACAUAUAACCUAUUUAACAGCGAUAAUAAUUUUGUCUAAACAGGCAGUGUAAACCUGC